AGUGAGCACUGACGUAAGUAAAGUCUGUUUUUCGGUCGUUUGACUUCUUGUGAGUAAGUCACUGAUUUUAUGAAAUUUGUCAACUUUAUAAUUGCAAUAUAAUGUGGUAAUUUUAUUGAUUGUGUUUAAAAGUACUUCAUAAUUUUUUAAAUCGGUGGUGAUCAUUUUCGGACAAAAUUCUGGCUGUUCUUAGUGUUGAAGAGAUGUUGAAGUUUUCAGCAUUCGUACACUAUCCCAUGUUGACUUGGUUAACCGUUAACGGUUAACCACUGAAGAGUAUUUCGGAAUAAUAAUUCGGAUUUGGUGUAUGCCAAACGGCUACGAUACGACCGCCACACUUUCACUUGCGAGUUUAUCGAGGAGCCCGAGAUACCUUUGUUUGAUCUUUAGAAGUCGAAGUCCUAAUUUGGAUUGCCAUUAUGUUAUUAUCAUGAAUGAUAACCUGCCUUAUAAUCAUGGCACGCGAUAAAAUCCCUUCUGCACUGUUGUCUUUUAUUCCGGGCAGUCAGUGCAAUGACAGCCUACUCAUCCGAGGCACAAGGGACGGCGAAAAUUCCUGAAUACAGGUUAUUUCUUUUGUGUUACAAAGAGUUCGUGUUCAAAGAACUGUGGCAAGUGAUCUUCAGCGAGUGUAAAAAAACCCAGUAUUAAUUGCCCCUGUUCCAUUUCAUCUCUGGUGAAAGGGAAGAAUGUCCUCGCACAGCACUUUGAAAUCUCGGGCCAACGAUCGGCAUGAACAGGAGGACGAUGAGGAGUCAGCCGGAGAUUUCGAUGCAGUUCUGGAGACGGUAAAUCCGUUUGGGAAAUACCAGAAAAUGAUGAUACUUUUCGUUUUCCUUCCUGCCGUUAUUCCGGGAUCGUUCCAUGGUUUCAAUCAGGUUUUUUUGGCCGCGAAGUAUAAGGAUUUUUGGUGUAACAUCCCAGAUUUGGCUACCAGUGUCUCUAAUGCUACUGAGCGGUUUACCUACUUGCCUAAGCAUGCGGACAGGAAUAUGCACAGUCAGUGCACUAUGUACAAUGCGUCUGCAGAAUUUCUAAUGAGUUUACCGCGAAAUUCAACGGAAAGCAUUCAAGCUGAUGUGCCUGUGGUCCCUUGCCAAAAUGGAUGGGAAUACGAUAAAAGUUUUUAUCAAAACAGUAUUGUUGCCGAGUGGAGCCUAGUCUGUGAUAAACAACAUUACCCUACAAUUGCAUUGAUCUGUCUUAUGAUGGGAGCAGCAAUAGGGACCCCUAUAUUCGGUUUUAUUGCUGACAGAUGGGGUCGGAAAUUGGCAUAUUUUAUCUGCAUUUGUACUCAACUUUGCGGUGGUAUUACUACCGGUUUUUCCCACAAUUUUGCCAUGUUUUGCUUUUGCCGAUUCGUUGUCGGGGCCACGUACCCUGCAUCCUGGUCAAUUCCGUUUACCUUGGCAAUGGAAAUUAUCACUCCAAAGUAUCGAGCAUCGUUUGCGGCUGCAGCUUCCAUUUCUUAUAAUCUGGGAGCUAUUAUUGUUGUUGGGAUUGCAUAUUGGAUACAGAACUGGAGAGAAUUCGCAUUGGCAACUUGCGUGCCGUUAUCCUAUGUGUUUAUUUAUUGGUGCUUUAUGCCGGAAUCACCACGAUGGCUCUUAACAAGAAAACGGAUAGCUGAAGUGCAGAGUUUUUUAUUUAAAGUCGCCAGAUGUAAUGGGACACGAUUUGAACCGUUAAAAAUGGAGAAUGUUAUGCGCGGCAAUAAGGAUUGGGAUAACAUAACAAAAGCCAAAACCUAUUCGUACUUCGAUCUUGUUUGCUCCCCUAAUCUCAGAAAGAAAACGAUCUUAUUGUCUUUCAUCAAUUGUGCCAAUUUAUCUGUUUAUUUGGGGUUAAGUUAUUACAGUCCCUCAUUGGGCAGUAAUCCGUUCCUGAGCUAUACACUUUACGUGUUAGUUGAAAUUCCCGCGUAUAUUUUUGUUUAUCUUGUGGCUGACCGAUUUGGACGGCGUUUACCUACUGUAGCAUGCUUACUCUGUGGCGGCGCCGCUUUGUUAGGAUCAGCGUUUGUGCCCGAUGAAAAUUCGCAAAUAUUACUAUUAUUAGGUCUUAUUGGAAAACUAUGCAUUAGUGCCUCCUUCACGUUUGGCGAAAUCUACGAGCAGGAGUUAUUUCCAACUGUUGUUCGGAGCCAAGGCGCGUCACUGACACAAAACAUAUCCAAUGCGGUUGCCUGUGUCUUUCCAUUAGUGAAUUACCUCGGUGACAAUUAUCUAGCUUAUCCGGUUAUUAUUUUUGGAGGAAUAUCCGUGAUAGCGGGUUUUUCUGCGCUAUUUCUACCGGAAACGUUAGGAACAGAUCUACCACAAAGCCUAGAAGAUGGGGAACUAUUUGGACGAAAUAUGACAUGGAGGGAUGUGACAAGAUUGUGCCCAGCAGAAGCCCCGGGUGCAGUAGAGAUUGUGGGCGAAAUGAAUAAUCGCCGUCCAGUGGAAGUCCACAGCAAUGGCGAUUUGGCUGCUCAAGUGGGGGCGACAACCACGAGUCUUCUUGCCACCACUUCGAAAAGUUGAUACUUUUUGUGAUAGUACAAGUGCUGUUUUAAUUUUGAUUGCAUAGUACAUUAUUUUUGAUCUGUGAAGUGAGUGAUGUGCUCCUGUAAUUUAUAAUUCUGGUAAUUGGUGUGUUGUCUCGUCUUGCGGUGUCAGAUGAAAGACGCGUUUUCUCAACUUGGAACUAAAAAUUUUAACUUUUGGA